UCUUUGCACCAAAUCACACACCACUCCCUCUUUCUCCUCUUUCUUCAGAGACUCGCUUACUUCUCUCUUUUUAUUCACUUCCCAACUUCUCUCUCUCUCUCUCUUCACAUUAUUAUAUUCUCUCUGUUUCUCCCAAUCUUUCUCCAGAAAAAAAACAACACUUUGCUUACCACAAUGAACCAAUCACCCACUCUAAUCGAACAGGGAAUCUCUCGACAGCACUUGAAGAAGACUGUUUCAUGUGCCAGUGUUCUGACUUUGGCUUACCAAAGCCUUGGAGUGAUCUACGGUGAUCUCAGCACAUCGCCUCUCUAUGUAUACAAAACCACUUUCUCUGGGAAACUAAGUCUCCAUGAAGACGAUGAAGAGAUAUUUGGAGUGUUCUCUUUCAUCUUCUGGACCUUCACGCUCCUCGCUCUCUUCAAAUACGUUUUCAUUGUUCUAUCUGCAGAUGACAAUGGAGAAGGUGGGACGUUUGCGUUGUACUCGCUUCUAUGCAGGUAUGCUAAGCUAAGAGUUUUACCAAAUCAUCAAGAAGUGGAUGAGGAGCUGUCAACAUAUGCAACGGGAAGCCCUGGAGAGACUCGGCAGAGCGCAGCGGUUAAGUCAUUCUUUGAGAAGCACCCUAAGUCUCAAAAGGGUCUGUUGAUAUUUGUGCUUUUGGGGACAUGUAUGGCCAUUGGUGAUAGUGUCCUCACUCCAACAAUCUCAGUUCUUUCAGCUGUUUCUGGAGUCAAGCUCAAGAUUCCACAACUUCACGAGAAUUAUGUUGUGAUCAUCUCUUGUAUCAUCUUGGUGGCAAUAUUCUCAGUGCAGCGUUUUGGUACUCAUAGAGUGGCCUUCAUUUUCGCUCCAAUCUCCACUGCUUGGCUUCUCUCCAUCAGCAGCAUUGGAGUCUACAACACUAUCAAAUGGAACCCUCAUAUAGUCUCUGCGCUUUCACCGGUUUACAUGUAUAAGUUCCUCAGAAACACCGGUUUAGAAGGGUGGGUUUCACUUGGAGGUGUUGUUCUCUCAAUCACUGGUGUUGAGACUAUGUUUGCUGACUUAGGUCACUUCUCUUCUCUGUCCAUUAAGGUGGCUUUCUCCUUCUUUGUAUACCCUUGUUUGAUUCUUGCAUACAUGGGAGAAGCUGCGUUCCUAUCUAAACACCACGAAGACAUUCAGAGAAGCUUCUACAAAGCAAUACCAGAGCCUGUGUUCUGGCCAGUGUUCAUCAUAGCUACAUUUGCAGCUGUGAUUGGAAGCCAAGCUGUAAUAUCCGCAACGUUUUCAAUCAUAAGCCAAUGUUGUGCGCUUGAUUGCUUCCCUCGUGUCAAAAUCAUUCACACCUCAAGCAAGAUCCACGGACAGAUCUACAUCCCUGAAGUUAACUGGAUGUUAAUGUGUCUUUGCUUGGCGGUCACGAUAGGGUUAAGAGACACUAACAUGAUCGGCCACGCAUACGGACUUGCUGUGACAUCUGUGAUGCUUGUGACAACAUGUUUGAUGAGUUUAGUGAUGACAAUCGUAUGGAAGCAGAGGACCGUUACGGUUCUCGCUUUCUUGAUCUGUUUCGGCUCCAUAGAGCUUCUCUACUUCUCCUCGUGCGUCUACAAGAUACCCGAAGGCGGUUGGAUCCCUAUCCUCCUCUCCUUAACAUUCAUGUCCGUGAUGUACAUCUGGAACUACGGAACUACGAAGAAGCACGAGUUCGACGUGGAGAACAAGGUGUCGAUAGACAGGAUAGUGGCUUUAGGACCGAGCAUCGGAAUGGUGAGAGUCCCGGGUAUAGGACUCGUCUACACGAAUCUGGUGACGGGAGUUCCUGCUGUCUUCGGACAUUUCGUGACCAACCUGCCUGCCUUUCACCGUGUACUCGUCUUUGUAUGCGUGAAGUCGGUUCAGGUUCCGUACGUUGGAGAGGAAGAGAGGUUUGUGAUAAGCAGAGUCGGUCCUAAAGAGUAUGGGAUGUUUAGGAGUGUGGUUAGGUAUGGGUACAGAGACGUUCCGAGAGAGAUGUAUGACUUCGAAAACCGGUUAGUGUCUGCUAUUGUUGAGUUUGUUGAAACCGAACCGGGAACCGAAGAAGAAGGAAGGUGUAAUAAUAGCUUGAGGAUGAGAAAGGAAGAGACAAUGGAGAUAAUGGAGGCGAAAGAAGCAGGAGUAGCGUAUAUAUUGGGACAGUCUUACGCAAAGGCGAAGCAGUCUUCUUCCGUGUUGAAGAAGUUAGCUGUGAAUGUUGUGUUUGCGUUUAUGAGCACCAACUGCAGAGGAACAGAUGUUGUGCUUAAUGUUCCUCAUACUUCUCUGCUUGAAGUUGGAAUGGUUUAUUACGUCUAAAGAUAAGAAGAUCAAUACAGUACAUAGUAGUAGUAGUAGAGAGAUCUAACUUGUUUAACAUAGACGUUUAAUGUGUAAAUAUACUUUAAAUAUGUGGAAUAGAUUAUAUUAUAAAGUUAAAAACCA